GAAUCUCUGGCGGAAUAAUCCUGUUUCCGCAUUCAUCGUCUCCGUUCUCAGCUCGGGACUGAGAAAUCAGGUGAGAACUCAUCCGACUUGCAGAGCCUGAUCAGCAGAAACAGAACCAGAUUUGUUCUGAUUACUCUCGUAAACCACCAAAAAAGGAAAGAGCUUAAGUUUGUGACCCUUGAGCGAAUUCUACUCCAUCCUCGCGAUCGAUUCCAUUGAAGUAGGCAUUUCUUUUGUCCCAAAUUUCGGAAACUUUACUGUCUUAGGGCAGUUAUAUCGUGUGAGAAUAUCCAUUCUCUUAUCGGAGGUUCAUGGGAAUAGUCUGCUUCCAAGGCUAGCGUCACUUGGGCAUAUGCUUGGCCCUUUGAUGGAGUUCGGAAGGAUUUGAAGGGACUGGAGGUAGCAGACUUCUCUUCGACCUAAAUCGGAGCAACAAUGGCUUCCCAAUACCAAGAGCUUCACUUUGUUCUGCUUCCCCAUUUAGCCCACGGCCACAUGAUCCCCAUGAUGGACAUGGCCCGGUUGCUGGCCCGCCGUGGCCUUGUCAUCACCGUUGUCACCACUCCCAUCAAUGCAGCCCGUUUUGUGUCCGUGAUCGACCGCGCCGCCAGGUCCGGACUGCGGAUCGAGCUCCUGCAGGUCCCCUUUCCCUCGGCAGAGGCUGGCCUGCCUGAAGGUUGUGAAAGCAUGGACUCCCUCCCCUCCCGGGGCAUGUUCAAGAAUCUGCUUCUCGGCAUUAGUAUGUUGAGGCAACCAGUUGAGCGAUUGCUCCAUCGGCUACAACCUCACCCGAGCUGCAUAAUUUCAGAUAAGAAUGUGAUGUGGGCGGACCAGACUGCUCGUGAGUUCAGGAUUCCGAGGCUCGUAUUUGAUGGCACUAGUUGUUUUUCACUGUUGUGCACACACAACAUAGUUGAGUCCAAGGUGUUUGAUACGGUUUCUGAGUCAGAGCCUUUUGUUGUGCCUGGCUUACCGGAUAGAAUCGAGCUUACGAGAGCUCAGCUUCCCGGAGCUGUGAAUAUUGGUCCGUCGGACAUUAAAGAUGUGCGGGAUGAGAUAAGAGCAAAAGAACUAGGUGCAUACGGUGUGGUCAUCAAUACUUUUGAAGAAUUGGAGCUGUCAUAUAUAAGUGAAUACAGACGUGUGAGGGGUAAAGUUUGGUGUAUCGGUCCUGUGUCGCUGUGCAAUGAGGACAACCUGGACAAGGCCGAAAGAGGCAACAAGUCCUCGGUCGAUGAUGACGCUUGCUUGAAGUGGCUUGACUUACGGGGACCACGUUCUGUCAUCUAUGCAUGCCUCGGAAGCUUGAGCCAACUCACGGCUCCACAACUGAUGGAGCUUGGGUUAGGCUUGGAGGCGUGUGGCCGACCUUUCAUUUGGGUCGUACGAGGAGGAAACGAAUCUCAGUUGGAGAAUUGGAUAUCAGAAAGUGGAUUCGAGGAGAGAAUCAAAGGUAGAGGCUUGUUGAUCCGAGGCUGGGCGCCUCAGGUGCUGAUCCUGUCACACCCUGCAGUCGGAGGCUUCUUGACACACUGUGGUUGGAACUCAACACUCGAAGGGAUAUGCGCUGGUUUGCCGAUGAUAACAUGGCCGUUGUUUGCCGAGCAGUUCUAUAACGAGAAGUUUGUUGUUCAGGUGCUGAAAAUCGGUGUGAGGUUGGGGUCCAAAGUAGCCGUGAAGUGGGGGGAGGAAGAGAAAUUCGGGGUGUUAAUGAAGAGGGAAGAAGUGAAGCAAGCGGUGAACCAGCUCAUGGACGAAGGAGAUGACGAAGCGCGGGAGAGAAGAAACCGAGCAGGCAAUGUUGGACACAGAGCGAAGAUGGCCAUGGAAGAAGGAGGUUCUUCAUAUCUCAACAUGACGCUAAUGAUUGAAGACAUUAUGCAACAAGUUCGGUGUUAACACAAGAUACGCUGCAGGUCAUCGAUCUCUUACAAGAGCUUCAUCAACUUAGUAUCAACCCUAUCUCGCGACAGAUGAAAAAUCUCAGAGGAGAAGAUGUCUUUUUGCACAAGUUUCUUAAAUAAACAUAUAAAUUUCUGCAUUAGUUCCAUUACUUCAUGGUCUGAUCUGCUGCUUCUCACUUUUAGUAGCAGCUAGCAGGGCAUUGUCUUUAGAAUGAUAAACAAUCAUACUUUCCAGUACUUGGAGAGUCACUCACAAUCACUAAGGGUAUGUUUGCUCUAAGGAGCAAAAAAUAAUAAGAAUCCAUUUGAUAA